AUGCAAUUCCAUCUACUCAAAUUAAGAUGUUUAUGUUUUGCUGCUGUUGUUAUAUUUAUAACACAGAAUGUGUCAGGAAUUGAAACUCGUGCAGAGCGGCGUAUUGAUCUUCUCAACGCACCGCAUGAUUUCGAUGCGGCUUACGGACCCCACUACACGGAUGUCGAAAACUACUGUAACAUACAAAAAAAUGAUUGUAAACAAAUGCAAACAAACAUAUUUUUUAUUUUGCCAUCUAGGCGCUCAUCACGUAUACAUGUUUUCCGGCGUGACUGCAUAUCUCGUGGCGGUGCUUGCGACAGUAGGCCCAAUGACUGCUGCUACAAUAGCUCGUGUCGUUGCAAUCUCUGGGGCAGCAAUUGUCGUUGUCAACGCAUGGGACUCUUCCAGAAGUGGGGCUAA